AUGAUUCACGCCGCGUUUCUCUAUGGACUCCUCAGAAUGGCAGCUGAUCAGAGGAGAAAGCGGAUGAACAGUGCCAAUGUCAUUGGUUUCAGUUCGAGGGAGCAUUACAGAGCCAAAAGGAAAAAGAUUGGAUCACCUGAUGGUGCUUUGCGUUCGGGAGAUCACAUCAGUCUAGAAUGGGACCGCAGCCGAAGUAAAGUAGUCUCUAAGAGGGAACAAGUUGGCCUAAGUUUGAGGCAUCUUCGCGAAUUUGUUGAUUUCGUUCCUCCUAGGCGGAAUCCCUUGGCACAAGUAUGCCCCGUUCCUCACGAAACUUUCCAGUUGGAAAAUCUCUCAGAAGUGCUUUCUAACGAGGUCUGGCGGGCUUGUCUAUCUGAUGGCGAAAGAAACUAUCUGCAGCAAUUCCUCCCUGAGGGAGUUGAUGUGGAGCAAGUCGUACAAGCAUUGGGAACAGCUGUCUGCUCCAGUAAAGCUCAUCCAGAUCAAAUUGUUUCUCGGGAGGACUGCCUGAGGGCAGAUAAAAGGAGAUAUCACUCGGACUUAGAGAAAUACCAUAAUGAGUAUGUGCAGUUCUCUCUAUUCAGAUAUCAGGAGCACUUGGAAUAUUACUUGCAGAUGUUGAAAGAGAAAUGGGAAAGCUGCAAAGAUCCAGAGAAGGAUGCUGUUAAGAAGAUGUGGAGGAGAUCAAGAGGAGGCAAUGCACAUGUAAACGGUAGCUGUCAGGAUCUGACUGCUGCCUCGGAGUCUAGUUCCUGGAAUGCAGAUGAUAAACCAUGCAGUAGUGAUAAUAAGAUUUCUCCUAUUGUAAGGACCGGAGAGGUUCAGAGAAGGCCCAAGAGUUAUGCUGUAGAUAAAGAAAAAUCUCAAAGUCCCUUGAUUGCUCAAGAGAAUGUUGUAAACGUGGGCGUGAAAUCUAGAAAAAAGGACAAGCUACCGAAACAUAGCAUUCAGCAAACUGAUGGUGCUAAAUACAUGUCCUACCUCAAGAUAAGCAAGAAGCAGCAUCAGAUUGUUACAAGCAUGAAGCAGUCUGGUAAAAGCAUUCAGUCGAGAGCACUUAAUCGAAUCUUAGGUGACAUCAACAAUUUGGAUGUUCAACCAUACGGAGUGUUUGUGGAAGAAGAACAGAAGAAACUGAAUGCUCACUGGUCAGUAUUCCUUGUGAAACAAGCGGCUUCCUUCAUCAGGCCUUUAAAUAUGCUGCAACUGGUUAAAGAUCUUCCUGCAGCAUUUGCAAUAUGGAAAAAGCUUCAGUUACAGAAGCGAGAUAUAAUCAAGUCCUUGGAAAGAGACCUGAAGGACAAACUUAAUCCAUGGAUGGAGGAUAAACAACAACUGCACCCUGCAGAAAAUCCUCUGCAGAAGCAUGAUGUUCAAUUAGACUUGAGGAAGAACGAUCGAGAAAGUUUAAAUCCAAAUAAGAGUGGUGAUUUAGCACCGGAUGUUGAAGAUUCUGGAAGUUUUGGUCAAGUUUCUGCCGUGAAUUACUCCCUUUCAAAGGAUUCUUCGUCUGACGGUGACCAAAUUACAGAUUCAGGUCGGUGCUUGCAAGUUGGCACAUAUCCCUCACAUGUUUCGUCACCAGAUUGUGACAAUGGCAUCAAUCUUGCGGAUGUAGAAGGAAAACGAUAUGUUACUCCCAGCAAGUGUCAUGGCCUUAAUCGAAAGGAUGUUGAAGCAAAUGAUUAUUCCAGCUCCAUGCAAGGCCAGUCUCUCCUACAGGCUUCAUUUCCUAGUGAGCCCCACGCUUCAAGUCUCGAAGAUGCGAUUCCUGUAGGCAAAAACUGUGUACCAGAACUAGAGAGUGCUUCAUCAGACGAGAGGACUCCUUGUGUUACUUCAAGCCAUGGAGAAGAGUUGCAGUUUUGUUCUGGUGGAGAUGUGUGGCGGCCAGUGGGAGGAAUUAGGCAGUCCUACAUUGGCCGCCAAGCUUACACCCCCAGUGGUGGAUUGUCAAUCAUACACCGUCCUGAAGGUGGUGAAGAAGAGAAAAACUGUUUCAUAAACCUUGAAUCGGACAUGCCUGAAGAAGUUGAUAGAAGGAAGAUGUUGCAGCAGAAGGCAAACAACGGUUUUGGUUCUUUCCCUAACAAUGAUCAAAAUGAACUCCUUCAGUCUUUGUUUAAAGGCCAAGGCGUGGCAUCUCGCACCACUGAGCAGCUUCACUCUCUUCUCAAAGUCCCGCUUAACGAGGAGCAUAAACAUAUUAUGAACAGUGGUUUUCAGCAGGAAGGAAGCAACAAUCUGAUGGAGAGCAGUCAAUUUUCUGGUCAGUUCCAGCAUCAGAUGACUGCACAACAUGCACUAUCCCAGGACCAGCAAAGACAGGUUAACAUAUAUGGCCAAGGAAGCAUGACAGACAACAUUUACUGCGAUGGACGUGGAUUCUUGAUGCAGCGGCCGGACUGGAACACCAGUGUUACUCAGAUUGGAGUCGCCACGCAGCCCAUGUUAAACACUGGCCCUUUGUUAAAUCAGAACUGGCAGUUUAAGAGCAUGUGGGCAAACACAAACGGCGUUGGAUGUGCUAGCCAAAGCAGUCAUACCGGGACAGAGAGAGAUCUGAAUCUUCUCAGAGUUGCUACUAACGCGGAGCAGAUCGUUCAGCGGGGAAGCAGUCCAGAUCAAAGCUUAUUCUCUGUUCUCUCUCAGUGCAGUCAGUUGCGCCGUUCAAGAUCUGCUUUUGAGCCAGAAACUUCGAGUGGUCAAGUGGUUGCAUCCGGUAACUACGAAAUGCUGAUGGGGGGAGGCACAACUCAGGUAGGCAGCAAUUUGGCUCAGCCUAGGAACCCGCUUGAUUACUUGAGUGGUAGCAACCACCCGGCAACAUCUUUGAUGCCAGAUGAUGUAGCGUGGAUGAACCAGAGUCGCCAGAACUCUAGCCUCCAUGACCCACUAGGCAAGCUGUAUCCAAGGUCAUGGAAUCCAUAA